AUGGGCUUCAUCAAAAGCCUUCACAAACCACCACAGACACCUGCACAUAUAUCUUUGUGCAUUAGGAAUAAUUGUGGUGGAGGUGGCGGUGUCGACGGCGGUGUGAGGUACCUUUCAACCCCUUUGAACCAACCAGAGCAAGAGAUGGAAGAGGGAGAAAUGGAGAUGCAACAAACGUUGAUAAGGAUGCAUCUUCGAGUUGCUAUCGUGGAUGCACAUCAACCUUCAUGGCCUUCUGCAUUCGCUUCAUCAAGUCCAUGA